UACUACAUUGUAGGAGUUGUUUCUCCUAUGUGUACCUCCCCCUUCUGCACACUGGAAUGGGCUGACCCAACCUACAGCACCCCUGCUGGUUGGGCUGGUUAGCGGGUUAGGGGCAAACCAUUUGUGGAAAUAACAGGGGUUUUGCUUGACAUCAUAGAAAAUGCACUUUCUUUAGUAAGAUUUCAAAUCAGCACCACAUAUUCCAUUUGGACAGUGCAAUGAUUGGCAAGAACAUAAGCAUCAAACCAGAAGUGAAAUGGACAAAAGAAAUAUAAACCUUAAAUUUAUUUCAUAUGUACAUGUAUUACUAGAUGACUUCCUGAAUUGUGCUGAACAGUGUUUUAGAUUACAUAGACUUGUAAUGGAUACUUCCCUACCAAACCUAUAUGCAAGCUACAUGUAUCUGUGCAUUAGGCACCUGUGCUAUCUACAGGGCCUCAGUGUAGCCCUGACAAACGUCUGCACAUUUGAAUUUGUAUGACAGUCUGUGUUUGAUAUCAUUGGGAUGUUGCCACUGUGGUUGAUCCAUGGCUUGUCCCAGAGUACAGGACCAGUAUGGGGUGUAGUGUGAGCCAGACAUUCUAACUGUGAGCUGUCCAGAUGCUGGGGUUGGGGACUAGUCAACAGUUGGAUGUGUCGCAGGCCCAGGGAUAGCAUACUUGGAGAGACCAGGACAUACUUACCAAAACUGCACCCUUGCCAGGAGCAAGGGCAGUAGCAGUCUUGCUUUCUAGUCUGAGAAAUAACAGCAGACAUCGAUCGAAGAGGAUUUUCAAAGCAAAUGUUUGGCAGGUUGUGCGCUUUGGAUUUACUUCUUUCUGAGGAGAAUUGCUUCACAGCUUAACAAGAUCCGACAUGUUGUGGCACAAGAGGGAAGCGGAGUCCUAGGAAAUGCCCAGUUUUGGGCUGAAGCUGAGACCUUGGGCUGGGAAUGUACGUGUGGCUGCAGUGAUUGUGUGUUUGGUCCUGCGAUCUGUAUGCAUGGGGACGACUUCUAAUGUCCUGACGUUUGACUCUGAGCCGUCCGCAGCAGUGAAAGCUAUCGGUCUGUACCCAGUGUGCCCCCGAGGCUGCACCAGUUGUUCCACCAUUAACGGCUGCAUCACGUGCCGCCCGCGCUACUUCCUGUUCCUGUACCGCUCGGGCAUGCGCCAGACGGGCCUGUGUCUCCACACCUGUCCCCAUGGGUACUACGGAGUCCGCAGUCCCGACUUCAACAAGUGCUCGAGAUGUAAAGUGGAGAACUGUGAGCAGUGCUACAGCAGGAGUUUCUGUACCCGAUGUAAGGCGCCGUUCCUCCUGUAUAAAGGGCAGUGUGUGUCCUCCUGCCCAGCCGACCAGCCGUACGUCGCCAACCUCACACGGGAGUGCCAAUAUGUUGACGCCGCUGACGUUGUUGUGCGCAUGCCCACAGUUGACUGCCAGGUAGGUCCCUGGAGCCCAUGGAGCCCGUGCAUGCGCAACGGUGCGAGCUGUGGGUACAAGUGGGGUGACCAGACCCGGUCACGCCAGGUGUGGCAGAAACCGUCACCGCUGGGACGGCCGUGUCCCGAGCUGGUCAGCAACACAAGGUGUCUGGUGCAGCCCAGAUUCUGUCCAGUUGUAGGACCAGACGGGCUGGUUAUCGACAACCACUCCGAGCUGGCCGCACAGAUCAAGAGGGAAAGACGGCGGCGGAAGAGAGAACGGCGGAGAAAAAAGCGAAGAAAAGCCAGAAAGAGGGAGAGAAAGGAAAACAGAAGUAGACUUGGACAAAUAGUGGUACAUGACCCUCCGGUGGAGCCGUCGGCGUCGUAGUUAACGUAGGCACUAAGUGUCGGAAAUAAGCAAAGUGUAGGCAUGGAAAAUAGUAGCCCUACUGGUCUACAAAUACAAGUUAAUUUUGUCGUUUGCUUCCUUCAGCGCGCUAAAGGAAUAUUUAGUGUUUUUGAAAUGUAGAGAGGACUGGCUGUAUGUGUGUAACGUUACAUGUGUCUGUUUGGGAUACUGCAGCUGGCGAUCUGGGAUUUACGCGUUACUAAGAGCCAAAAAUGUUAAUAUUUUCAGUGACCAAGUUUGAAUGGAUUUCGUGAUAAGCGAGGAAGCUUUCUGCUGAAGAUUUUCAUGGAUAGCCAGGAUGUGAAUAUUUGUCGCUACUGUAACUUCAAAAGUGUGGUGUGUAGCUCCAUCACUCCAUCAAAGGUACCAAGUAAAUGUCAUUUUAAACUGAUAUCUUAUCUAGCUUGAUAACUUUAUAAACGAUCCCUAUGCAGCUCAUGGCAGACCUAGCUUAAAGUAGGAAGACUUUUCGGAUAUGUUGGUAACACUUCUCAUCUGAAGCUGGGCUGAAAGAGACAAUUAUGCUGCAGUUACGAGGAGGGGUCAUCAAAUAUUAGCUUUUAACACUGAAUAACACAACAAACGUCAAGACUAAUAUAGAUAUUACACUGUGUGCGUCUACAGUAGAUUUGGUUGUAUACAGAAUUACAUGGAAAAAGAUUUCCUUGGACUGAAAGAAAGAGAGGAACAGUCUGUAAAGAUAUCAAUAAAAGCUAAAAGAAUUAACGUGUGAUGUCAUGAUCACGUCAGGU